GACGAGACUAGUUUCUUCGACAAUUUAGAACAACCACCGUCAUUGGGUUCUUCAAGCGAAGCAUGAGACAAAGAAAAGACACGACAAGGAAGCCCCACCAAGGAAAUCCACCCGAGCCUCCUCAAAAAACGUUGCCAAACGACGUUUCUAGAUUGGCAUGGAAAGCAUCGCAGCAGUUCCCCUAAACGAAGGCUAGUUCCAGCGCCGCGGCACCCGUCGUAGCCGGAUCGACCCGGGGUGGAGAGUCCUGCGAGCCGUUUCGAAACAUCGGACAUGGACCUAACCUGAUGGCAGGACGCGGUUCCCUUGCAUCAGGUGCUGCAACUAGGGGGGUUUGUGCGCCGGCCGCCUGUUGCUCCCGCUCGCUGCGAGAUAAGUGCUCCAAACCUUGACACUAGAUAGAAACAAUGGUGCGAGAACGGGAUGCAGCCCCGCCGUUGAGCCCUGGGACCAUCGACGGGGUGGAAACAAACGCUCCGGCAGGUUGCCAGCCGCGGCUAGCUCCUAGGAGGCAUGCUUCCGGUAGAGCGCGCCCGGCCCAAUCCCUGAUACACGGCACAUCCUUUACCAUAUCCUGCCGCGGCGGCGAGGCAGACGCCUUUCCAAUCGAAACCAUUCCGCUCUCAGGAAGCCUUCGUCCCUUUGUGCUUGCCAUAAGCACGACGCAAGAUGGGAAGAAGCAUGCGAGGCAGCCAAGCCGCACACAUUGGAAGCCACAUACCCGUCCAAGGCAUGGCCAAAUAGCAGAAUAGGGCGAUAGUAAAGGGGAGCUAACUCCGAGUCGCCUGCAGCAGCAUGUUAAGAGUUAUAUAUGAGCGCGGCACAUUUUGAACAGACAUGUCUCCCGUCCUUCGGGGCCAGCAGCCACCAGUACAUGUAGGGGUCCGCUCCCGUGCGUCACAUUGACCGUUGCAUCUUACCUACCGGUGCUGCCGCCACGUCCAAGAUGAAGUCCUCAGCCGUGGCCCUGGGUUUGCUGCUCGGCACUGCCUCGGCAGUCCCGGCACCGUCAGCGGGCGGGGAGCCUUGCGAAAAGAUUGCGCCAGCUGCAGCGGAGUACAUAGCAGCAAACCCCGAUGCUCCCAGCCCGCGGGUCCGGGCCAGGAUGGCGUGGGAGUGCAGGUACACGAGCGAGUUCGACUUCCAGAUGGCCAUCGUCGAGUUGCUUUACACUGCUCAUGAUGGCCACUUUUACUACCGGCCCGAUGCCCUCAAAACCUUCUCGUUCAGGAACGGCAUGGCCGCCGGCAUCGUCUCGGUCUCGCGGGACGGCCAGGAGGCUCCUAUGCUGUACCAUGAAGGAUCGCCCGUCAUCGCGGCGUCGCUGGCCUACCCGGGGCCCACCCCGACGAUGGCCUACGAGGACGGCACCAUCAAGACGAGCGAGAACAUGGCCAUCCUGCGCACGGGUAUCAACUUAACGGGCAUCCGCAACGGCGAGGAUUUCGACCAGCGCUGGUGCACGCCCGACGCGUCCCUGGCCGAGAUGAGCGACGUCGCACUUGAGCCCAGCGAUAAGCCGUCGCCCGCCAUGCCCGACGAGCCGUCGGUGACCACCAUGUACGUCAAGCCGAGCGACAAGAACUCGCCAAAGAUCAAGAAAGAUCUCCCGCCGCCGGCGCCGACCAUCGAGGGCUACCCGUACCCCGUGGUCCGCGACGACGGCGCCAACAUCACGGCGGGCUACUUCCUCAAUGGCACGGGCUACGACAAGGUGGCGGUCCUGUCUGUGCUCGCCUUCAGCGCCGAUAGCGAGUACGAGGGCGACUACCUCGACAACUUCCAGCAGACGGUGGAGCGCUUCCUGGCCAAGUGCAAGGACGCGGGCAAGGAGAAGCUCGUCAUCAACGUGUCGAGCAACGGCGGCGGGUACGUGGUGGCGGGGUACGACCAGUUCGCGCAGCUGUUCCCCAACGUCACCAUGUUCCAGGCCAACAACAUAGGGCUGACCGACUCUAUGGUCAACAUCGCGCGCGUCGGCACGCUGGUGCUAGACAAAACGCCCAACGCCACCGACGUGUACAGGUCGCCCAACGAGCGCGCGGCGCUGUCGGUGCUCGAGAACUCGGAGAUCAUGGGCAACCUGGUGCCCGAGUCCGUGUACGGGCCUGACGGGCGCGACUUCUCGACGGUCGAGGACAUACUAGCGCCCGUGUCACUCAAGGGCGACUACUUUUCCGCGUACCAAAAGACGCCGCUCAACGACACGAGCAGCAGCUUCAACCUCACGGGCACGGGCAGCCGCUCCAACCCGCCGCCGGCCGUCUUCGCGCCCGAGGACGUGGUGCUGCUGACGGACGGCACCUGCGGCAGCACCUGCACGCUCAUGGCCUACCUGCUCAUCAAGCAGGCCGGCGUGCGGGCCACGGUGGUGGGCGGCCGGCCGCGCGGCGGUGUCAUGCAGUCGGUGGCGGGCGUCGAGGGCGCGCAGGUGUACCGCAUGGACGGGGUCAGCGUGCUGGGGGCGGCGUACGCGCUGACGCGGGCGUCGCGGCCGGGCAGCGCCGGCGGCGUCAACGCCAAGAACGCCUCCGGCACGGGCGACGCGCAGACGCCGCGCCAGUUCCUAUACCAGGCCGCCAACUGCCGCGUCUGGUACACGCCGCGGUCAGUCAUGGACCCGGACGUGAACUGGAAGACAGCCGUGGAUGCGACCUGGGGCGACUCGGACGGACUCUGCGUCGACAACAGCAUCGUGCCGCUCGACGAGACGGCCGGCCCGCAGCCCAUGGACCCGCUGUUCCAGCUCAGCGUCGAGCGCAAGGCGGCCGAUGCUGCUGGGAGCCGGGCUUCUUGGGCUACGGGCGUCGUGGCCGUGGGUGCAGCGCUAGCAGUUUUGGUUAUUUAGUAGGGGUUAGUUGGUGUAUAUUUUGAGAUUCCCACUGUAUAAUUCCUUGUCUCUAAUCACAUACCAACGGCCCUAUUGCUAAUGACACACUGUUAUCACAUGCUGCAUCGGUGGGUAACAUUAGACUUUUCUCAUGGGCUACCCUGGGAAUCUCUCUGCACGUACUGUGCUGCCACCUCGCCACGUGCGUGCAGUCCAAAUGUUUGGGAUCAUGAAGCACAAGACAACUAGACAGCUGCUGGGGAAGUCUGUGGCGCUGACUCUGUGUGCACAAAUUCAGGCACCCAGGCUGCCUCAUGUCUGGCAAUCUUGUUGCCUGCCGAUCCCUCGAGACCAGCCGCCUCCGAGCACAACCACGUUGGAGCGGCACAUGC